GGGGCGGGUGCAGUGCAUCGCGGAGCCUGAGGAGAAGCCACCGAAGGAUGCCCGUCUUUCAGGUGAGAUUCAGCGGGAUAUAAUGAUAAUUAAUCUAAAGUGAAGGCAGACAGACGUUCCUGAGCGUCUCCCGCUUACAGCUGAAGGGAAGGACACUGACAGGAAGAUGCUAACAGUAUGCGGUGACUGAGACUGUGGCCUGAAGGCACAGUGGAUCAGGUGGCGGCAGCAGCAGCACCAGUCAGCAGGCAUCUAGCUUAGAUGAAGGAUGAAGAGCCCGGUGCACAGAUGCAGGGAUGUGGAGCACGGGCGGGGGCAGGGCGGGGCCGGGGCUGGUACCACCACCACCUGCCUGCAGGCCGAGCAGCGCAUCCCUAUCUCCAAAGACGUCAUCACUUCCUCCUCUGCCUCCGCCAUGUGGUUUAUCAGGGACGUCUGUGGCAUCGUGUGCGCCGUCAUCACCUGGCUGCUGGUGUUGUAUGCGGAGUUCGUGGUACUCUUUGUGAUGCUGCUGCCAUCCAAGAAUCUGACGUACAGCAUUGUGAACGGGACCCUGUUCAACAUUUUGGCCUUCCUUGCCCUUGCCUCACACCUCAGGGCCAUGUGCACUGACCCUGGGGCGGUGCCAAAAGGGAACGCUACUAAGGAAUACAUAGAAAGCCUUCAGCUGAAACCAGGGCAGGUGGUCUACAAAUGUCCCAAGUGCUGCAGCAUCAAGCCUGACCGAGCACACCACUGCAGUGUUUGCAAACGCUGCAUACGGAAGAUGGACCACCACUGCCCCUGGGUCAAUAACUGUGUUGGGGAGAACAACCAAAAGUACUUUGUGCUUUUCACAAUGUACAUUGCACUCAUCUCUCUCCACGCUCUGCUCAUGGUGGUCUUCCAUUUCCUCUACUGCUUUGAAGAUGAUUGGACAAAGUGCAGUUCCUUCUCUCCUCCAGCAACAGUCAUCCUCCUCAUACUCCUGUGCUUUGAGGGUCUCCUCUUCCUCAUCUUCACCUCUGUGAUGUUCGGCACCCAAGUCCACUCCAUCUGUACCGACGAGACCGGCAUAGAGCAGUUGAAAAAGGAAGAGAGAAGAUGGGCUAAAAAAACUAAGUGGAUGAACAUGAGGGCGGUAUUUGGACACCCUUUCUCCAUAUUGUGGUUUAGUCCCUUCUCCACCCCUGACCAUGGGAAGGCUGAGACCUAUCAGUAUGUGGUGUGAGAGCUCAGCGCAGGGAACGAGGCGGCUGGGUCAGAGCCAGAGUGGGAACCCUGCCUGGCUGCAUAGAGCUCUGCUAUGGCAGUCUGUCGCUCCCAGCGCUGAACAUGAUUUACAUUGUAUCUCCCACACUAGCCAUGGACAGCUUUCCUUCUGCUUUUUGUUUUGCCAUCUAAGUGCGCUAUACGUUUUUAUUUUUGUGUUGCCUUGAGUGAGUUGAGUUGCAGAGAAAAAGAAAGCACUUUCAGUUUGUAAAUCCUGUUUGAAAUCACUGUGAUAAAUCUGUUUUUUUUCCUGAGCUGUUUCUAUUUCUGUUGUUGUUUCAGAAGCCUUCUCUUUUCUUGCACUGUGUUUACUCUUGCUUUCCCUUAAAGGGUCAGUUCAGUUAAAUUCCAAAAAGAACACAUUUUCUCCUGUCUCCAAAGUGGUGUCUGGCUGUGCUGAUAGUUUUAGUUUUAAGAAAAUAACCCCUGAAACUGCCGCCUCAUUUCAAUGGAAGAGAAUGGAAUUUAGUAUAAAGCUGCCUCGUAGAGUUACUUUCAUUAUCGAUAACUCUGCUAAAUAUUUUCUUCGAGAAUAUAAGUGCCCCUCACAUUUUCAUGCUUUCUUUCAAAUUGUUUUGUUCAACCAACAACAGUUCCACAAUCCAAAAGACAUAUAUUCAGUUAACUAUUGGAGAUAACACAAACAUUUCAUGAUUAAUAUUUGAGGAGCUGAAAGCUGUAAAUUUUUUAAUGUUUGCUUAAGAAAUUAUUGAACGAUUUUCAAAAUUGUGUCAGUUGACUUAAAAGAAAUUGUUUCAGCUCUAGUUUCAUUUGUGGUCAAAAAAUUGAAAAAUGACAUCACAGAAACUGUGGCAAAUUGUUUUGUAGAGUCGAUAUCUUGGUUACAUAUGCAGUAAAUGCACAGACCUUAACAGGCGUAAAACACAAACAAAAUGAGCCUUAGCACCACAUUUCAAAGUGCUGUCCAUUUAGAGGUGGUGAAAUUUUAAUUUGUUUGUAGUUUUGUGAUGUAAAUGUUUUGCCUUUAAUCUUUUCUGUUUGCUUUGCAGACAGACCGCUGGCUAGCUGUGUCAACAUGUGGAAACUAGGGAUGUUCCUGGCCACUAAUUUCCCUGUCGACUAAACCAAAAUUUUAAUUAAGACAAUUAAACACUCAUAAAACACAAAAAAUUUAGCACAGUUUAUUGUUAAGUAGUUGAAACAUUGUCCCAAAAAUAUUGUGUGCAUUAAGAGCCCUUUGAAGCCUUUAAUCACAAACUUCAGCAACCAUGUCGGAUUUUAAAUGCCGCUGGAGUACGAGAAACUUUGCGCCAUGUGGUAUGAUUGUGAACAUGAUGGCAACUCAGUCAAAAGUUAACCACUAACAUAACAUCUAGAAUAAAUAAAUUGCCUCUGAAAUGUGGGGCGCAUUGAACCUUGCAGAUUAUCCAACAAAAUGAUAGCAAUUCACUUUAAAGUAAAUAAAACAACAUCUAAUUUAUAACUAAAUUCCAGCUGAAAUGAGAGGCAUUUUGCGCCGUGCAGCAUGAAUGUAAACCCUGCACAUUAUCUGACAACAACUCACUCAAGUUAACAAAUAAUAUCACAUCUCAAAAAAGAUAAUUCAUUUUCUAGAUCAAACUGAUCACUGGUUUUGUGAGAGAACAUUUCUCCAAUUUCCUACCGUGCUGUUUUAAAACUCCAGUCUACUCGAGCAUUGCCGUGGGGACGGGGACUGCUGUCUGACUGCUCUGUAGCCCUCACUAGUGGCAAGCAGUUGCAUGACAGUUAAGCAACCUUGUGCAUGAAUAAAACACUAAUUGGUUUAAUCAACUAAUAUUUCUGGUGCUGACUAGCGAGGUGGUGGACGUUUAAUCGUAUAGACGACUAAUUGCAGGCAUCCCUAGUCGAAACGCAGUGCUCACUGCCCACCUUUUGGUCUCCACUUGUUAGCUAACGUUAGUUUUGGCCCCUUUGCACUGCACACCAUUCAGAUGGGAGCUAGCUUGCGGCAAUGCUCAUUGGGAAAUUACAGCUGGUACACCAUCCUGAUCGACAGUGGCAGGACGGCACCCUAUAGUCUCACCCAAGGUCACCCUUGUGAGUGUGCUGUCUAAUUUAAAGCUGUAAAACCCCUUUAGCAUUGUUAACUAUGUUAGCACCACUAACUGUGCUAAAAGUGAUAACAUAGUGGCCAGUGGCUUGGGAUGGCAUUACCAGUUGUAAUCACCAAAUGAGUUAGCUACCCCCCAUCCGACUUGGGUGGUGCACAGUGCAGAGCAACAACUGUUAGCUAACCAGUUAACAUGAAUACUUCAUUAGCUGUGUUGUGGUACAGUAUAAAGUUAGUACUUCUGCUAAACUGACGGGUAGUAAAAUUAACCUAUAGACCGACACGCAUAACUGGUCAAAAUACUCUUGGCCCUUAACUGAUUGAGAGUCAACUGUUGACAUCCCUAAUCCAGAGUAACCAGGACUUUGUUUCUGGUUAUACAAUUUGCCAUUGUUGACUUUUUUCGGAUUUUCAAAACAUUUAAAAUUACAUUUACCUCUACUGUACAAGGCUGAGGGCAGAAAAUUGAAUCCUGGAAAAGUAAAACCAAACUACCUGCCUGGCUACAUACUACUAUUGGUAAAUAAAAAAAAUUGUCUUUUUGUAAUGUAGUUGAACUGACCCUUUAAAUCAUUCUCUUUUCAGACAGUGAUCAGUAGUGUGUUUUUGAUCAAAUAAACCUUUUAAAUAGGUCCCCACUAGAAUGGAUUGGAUGAAUGGUUAGGCUACAGUAGGUUCAGGGUAACAGUCUCUACAAUCACAUUCCUCAUGGGAGCCAUUCUGCAAACAGAUCCAUUCUUAGGCCGACCCUUUUAAAUGGUGCCAAAUACAGCACGUAACGGAACAGUUUGCCAUCAUUAUUGUGGAUGUUUGGUUAUUUAUGAUUGUAAAAAUAUUUUAAAUGCACCCAGUUGGGCAAAAAAAGGUUAUUUUUCUGCUAAAAGUCAAGUUGUGGUUUGUUAUCACCCAUUUUUACACUUAGAGACGCACCGAUCCCAUGUUUUCUCCUGAUACCUCAGCUCAGGGCAUCUGCCAAUAUCGACUCCCCAUGUAAAUACCAGUGCUCUGUUUUUUCCUUUUCCUUGGGAUCAUUUUUACGGUGCCUCCAAACAUAAAGUACCCAGUAUUUACUGUAAAUACUGAGAUCCAACCCCCUAGUUAAAAUGCAUCCAAGAAUCCAGAAGUAAAAAUCACUGAUAAUGUUAUUGGUGGGUAAAUUGAAUGUUGAAAGUGUCCUCAACCCACCUGUGUGAGACAGGUCAGUAUCUUAUACAGUGACCUUGUUGUAUUUGAGCCCUCUGGGGAAAAAAACUACAUACAAGGCCAAAAAGUUGCCACCUGCAUGUUACCCAAGUGUGGAACAUUCUCCCUGAUUCCUCUCUGAUACAUGCUCGACUAGAACAAAGCGUUUGUCUGAGGGCAGAGUUGUUGUUUUUUUUAAAGCUUAAACAAGCCAGGAAUAUUUGUUCAUUUCUCCAAACAAAAUCAAUCCUGGAACAAAUUGCCAGCUUGCUUUUGUUGUGGCAGGUUUUGCUGAAUCAUUCUUGCAUUGUUGAAUGAGGAAAUGGUUUGAGUCAGUACAAAUGUCAAACCUCGUUUUGUUUUUCCAGCAGCUAAUCACAGUUGUCAGAAUGUUGCCGGUAGAGUUAGCAGGCUGUUAACAACCAUACUGCAACAUACCGUAAAACUUGAAUUAAAAGCCAAGCCACAGUUACACCUAGUUCCUUUCACUAAGCGGGUUUGGCUACACGUUUUGACAUGCUGGACUGGCUGCCUCUGAUGCUGCCAAUUAGUUUAUUUUUAUAUAAGUUCUUUGGAUAUAUAAAACCUCUUUAUGUCCACCGGGUAAAGGGUGACCCACUUCAGCUAGUUCUGAGCUGCUUAGAUUGCACAUACAAAUGUAAAUGUUUAAACUCUUGUCCAUAUGGACAUUCUACGCAUCGUUAGCUUGAUUUGACUCUUCACUAUUCAGUCGUUCAGUUCAUUUUACUGAAACCACCAGCGCCAAGGUGUAAUUCAUUCAGAUUCACUAGCAUGGUAAACAAGAGAGAUGAAAAAAAUAGUGACUCCCCACCCUAGGAGCAGUUAUAGAGUCUAAAUAUGCCUCCAUUCCUUGGUUAAAUAUUUACAAUCUUUUAGUCUGUAAGGGUCCUCAGAUCAAAAGGAUCAAAACAGUUUUUCAUAAAAAAUAAUCCAAGUUAUGAAUAUUGGCAUGUAAAGUCCAUUGCUCACUGACUGUGACUACACUUGUUUUCGUUACCUUGCUGGCUACAAAAUGAAAAUGUACCCACCUUUCUCUGUUUAGUUUUCACUCCUUUCUCACUGCUUUCCUCUUUCUGCAAUAAAUCUUUUUUGGCUUUCAUCCUCUCUGAGGUAGGCUACCUGUAUUUUGAUGCGUCUCUUUCUCUCUCAGUGCAUGAGAAUGGCCUAACGUCAGAUGCGCUGUCUCUUAGAGCUAGACCAAAUGAAUGAUACAUAAUUAAUUUGUGAUUAGAUAGUCUAAUUUUAUACAAGUAGUAUUCAUACUGAUUUCAAUAAACAAUGUGAUAUUAUUUCGCGUCUUUGCUGAGCAAGAGUUUUGUGCAGGAGGAUUUAGGAGCUCAUCCCGUAUAACUGCUGUCUAAAACAUACACUGGUUGUUUACAGUGAUUGAAGCAAAUAAAAGCCUGGGAUAUUAAUUUAAGUUUUACGGUAUGCUCAUUCUCUCUUUUGUGAGGAAAAUUUUGGCGCCCCAUAGUAACACUAACGCUCCCUGUGUGUGUGUUCAUGUGCUAUAAGCCCAUGUGGUGUGUUGAUAUUUUGAGCGUGUGCCAAAUUAAAUAAACCUCAGAAAGACAUGAUUAUUUGGGAAAGCUUUGAUAUGAAAUUCCUCAGAAAGGGAUCCUGAUUUGACCUUAAAAAUGAAAGUUGUAUUUAAUCUUGUGUGGAGUCAAAGGGAAGCACUGUAUAAAAAUGUAUAACUCUGCAUACAUCUUCUCAUGCGGCAGUGGGACUUCAGCUUGAUAAAGCAUUUAACAAAGUAUUAACUUUCACCACUCACAUUUACACGUGAUACUAAAAAUGCUAAUUCGCACUUUGUAUUUCUCAUUUUCUCCUGUGUGAACUGCUCUGUUCUGAAGUGUAUUUUAUUCUUCUAUUCUUUGUUUACAUGAUAUUUUAUGUAUCCUUUGUUAUCUGAAUGCAUGGUACAGAUGAAGGUUAGUUUAGUGAUGUAUGUGAAACACUGCUGGUAUGAUGAUGACGUCUCACUGGUGAGAGUGAUGGUGGAGAUGAUUUGUUUUUUUACAGAAAUUUUAAUUCUUUCUAAAUAUUCUGAAGAUAUUUCAGCACAUGCGCAGAGAAUAAAUACUUCUCAGUUGCAAUGCAAAACUGUGUUUGCUUGCUUUUUUAAAAUGUAUUUAUUUCUUUGAUUGUAGACGGCCUGCUACAUCCAAAUGUGUUCAACAUUUUUUUUCAUGUUUAAGCUGUGCGUGGUAACUUUUAAAAUAACUUAUUGUCACAUUUGCUGAAACUGUCACUAUAUCCAUACCGUAGUACAUGAGACACUCUGUGAAAAAAAGGUGCUUCUAAUGGCAUUUCCAAAAAUCCACGGCACCUCAGCAAAAACAACCACACAGUCUCUAACGCAGCUGUCGGUCAUAACAGUCACUGUGACCUGCAGUCAAACGCUGAUCAAACAUGAAUCAAUAUUCUGUUACUGCAUUGCCUAUUUCCCACUCUUAAAUGCUUUCAUAAACAUCUUUUAGUGCACUGUUUAGCUGUAAAACAAGAAAGUAUGUGACCUGGUUGCCAUGUUGGAAACAGUUGAGCCAAAACGAAGCACCACCCACCAGCAAACUUUCUCAUUUUACAGCUAAACAGUAUGCUGAAAUAUGUUUCUGAAAACAUCUGAGGUGAGAAAUAGGCAAUGCAGCAACAGAAUCUUGAUUAAUAUUUAAUCAGCACACUGCCUAGUUUGACAGUUUGACCGCAGUUCACGAGCAGUGAUUGACAUGAUUGUGAGCCGCGUUAGAGACUCCUUCUGGCUGUGAUUGGUUGUUUUUGUUCAGGCCUGGUGGAUUCUUGCAGAUGCCAUUAGGAGCAUUAGGAGGAGGAGCAUUAAUUUUUUCACAAACUGUCUCAUGUACUACUGUUUGGAUGUAGUGACAGUUUCAGCACAUAUUCUUUUCUUUUCUUUUUUUUCUUCUUUUGUUUACAAAAGUUUCCAACUACAGCUUUAAGAAAUGUUAAAUAAACAGUGUCUCCUUGCCCUGCAUACAGUCCUCUCCUCUCACACCCUGCAUUGUGAAAUUUUCAUUCAGUCCUCGUCUUUCGUUCUACUCCAACUCCUGUUACCUUCUGUUAUCUGCCUCUUCCCCCUGCAAUGUUCUCUCAUGCAUUUGCUUUGGUUGAUAACUCAUUCUGCCAAAAACUUUCUGAAGCAGACAACUCUUUGUAAUCUUGAGGAGAGGUAAGCUUACAACAGAGGUCACGUUAGCUGUCCCUUUGAGCUGAACACAUCACAUGCAUGCUGAUUUCAAUCUGAAGGCCAAAGUGGGCGUCAUUUUCUUUUUGUUGCUGUUUCAGAUUCAACCAAACAUUCUGAAUGAAUGAGUGAACUCUGUGUGUAACAGGAUGCAUGCUCCAUUAUGACCAUUUGACUUGUUUGCUUCUUCCUCAGGUUGUUAUAUUUUAUUUUCAACAUGCAUGUGAGUCAUUUUGUACAGUAUUUUAUUAGUUUUGGGCAUGUUUCUUAGAAUACAAAUGAAUCAGGAUUUAUACAAAACUAUUGAAAGGAUACACUUGUAACUAUUGUAUUACAACACAUGUUUUAUGUACACUGAAAGAGUUACCACUCCUGUCUAUACUGGCUGCGAAGCGAUCCUUUCACAACUACACUGUAAAAGAUAGAGGACAGAGUAUACAGUCAUUGCACUGCACACAAAAAGCAUUCCAUCUGGGUUUCAUAAUCAAAUAGGAAUCUUGUAUGAUGUCUUUCAUUGUUUCGGAAAAUUCGAUUUUAACAAAUAACAACUAACUAGUUUGUUUAAAUUCAACCCACGUAGCCUAACUGUAAAAAAAACAAUAAAGAAUUUACAUUGUUGUGAUCAACCAUAACAUAACCUAAACUAACCCCAGUCAGGAAUGGGUGAAAGAGACCUGGACAAAACACCAGCAAUAAACUUACAUGUGACUGUUGCCAUGGCAAAGACACCCAUUUGAUUUGUGUGACUCAUUCUACUGAUGCCUUAUUUUCGUUGUAGCUCAGCUGUAGAGUAUAUUUAUACUAAACACUCUGGUGGUAUGACUCUUUAGGGGGUAUUUUGUCCAUCUGUCUGUCCACUCAACAACUCAGGGAUGCCCCAUGAUGCGAUAUCAUCACGAUACUUAAGUCAUGAUACAAUAUUAUUGUGAUUUCAAGCAUGUUACAAUAUACUGAGUAUUGCAAUAAUAUAUAUUGCAAUUUAUUACCUUAUUAAUUGUGUCCCUAAAGGAAAACUUCAGCAUCAGUUUUAUCUAAUAAGAUAAGUUUUCACUCCAUUCAUCUCACUUCAGUCAUUUUUAUUGCAGCAAAAUGUAUUUAUUGGACUGAAAAAGCAUUAAUUUUAUUAUUCUAGUAGGCUACCUAAAGUUUAGUGGCUCAGAGGUAGAGCAGGUCAUCCGCCAAUCGGAAGAUCAGUGGUUCGAUCCUCGGCUCCUCCUAUCUGCAUGCCGAAGUAUCCUUGAGCAAGAUACUGAACCCCAAAUCUGUGGCACCUUGUAUGGUACUCUCAGCCACCAGUGUAUGAAUGUGUGUGUGAAUGGGUGAAUGUGACUCGUAGUGUAAAAGUGCUUUGAGUGGUCGGAUGACUAGAAAGGCGCUAUACAAAUGCAGGUCCAUUUACCAUUACCAUUUAUUUGUAGUAUUAAUAAUUUAUAUAAUGAAAAAUCAACACUUGGCAUUCAUGUAUUAAUAUGAUAUUGCCACGCAAAAAUACAGUGAUACUAGGCUGCAUCUACCUAUUCAGUUUACAUAGCUACAACGUUGGGGCAAAGUCAAUGCUGCAACUUUGUCUCUCUCUGUUGCUAUUGUACUGACUAGGAACCUGCAUGCAGGUUUUCCAGCUCAGGUGUUUAAUUUGCGCUCGCCAUUGUAUGACUGACUCGCAUGCCAGUCUGCUUGUUGUGCUGAUAAGGCCUAAGAUUAAAAAUAUUUAUUCCCAUCUCAUAACUUAUCGGCUUCUGCUGUUCUCCGUUACACAUAAGGAAGGAUUGCUUUACAGCCAAUAUGGACAGGACUUAUUACAGCGACUGAUAACUCUUUCAACAUACAUCAGCAAUCAGUAAAUUAGUUUUGCAUUAAGAUAGACUUGGAAAAAAAUCAAAACCUAUCCUUUAAUUUAAAAUUAAAGGUUUAUUUUAGUCAUCUUCAGUCUGAUUAGUGUCUGAGAAACAGGACCAAAGAGCCAAAUCAUAGUGUGUUGUCACAGUUUAGUCAUCAGCUCUCUGUCAUAGUAGUGUUUAAUAGUGCAUGUAGACAAAGACACUCAGUCCAUUUCAGCUCAGCUCUGUUCACCUCAGACUCUUACUGCUGUGUCUU